AUGCAACAAAUCGUUUUCUUAUUGGUUAUUGCUGGUGUUUGCGUGACUGGUCUUCCAGCACCUAGUGGACAAAUAACUCAAGCUCAAGCCCGUGACAUUUUUGACACUUUAGGAAGUGCACUUACCAGUGUUUGGAGUGGUGUUAUUCAAAAACCAAUUGAAACCGCUCUUCAAAAUGGAGCAUUGAUGUUAGCUCAAUUACUUGCCGGCCUCGGAACAGAUGGAAUUAAUUUAUCAUCAAUCUUUGGUGGACGAAGUAGCAUGGAUGCACGUGACUUUUUUGACAUUUUUGGAAGCGCAAUUACCAGUGUUUGGACUGAUGUUAUUCAAAAACCAAUUGAAACCGCUCUUCAAAAUGGAGCAUUGAUGUUAGCUCAAUUACUUGCCGGCGUCGGAACAAAUGGAAUUAAUUUAUCAUCAAUCUUUGGUGGACGAAGUGGUAUAAAUGAAGCAGAAUUCCGUGGUUUUUGGGAUAGCGUUCUUAGUGGAGUGACAUCAAUUUGGACAGAUGUCAUUCAAAAACCAGUCGAAGGAGCUUUACAAACAAGUGCCUUAUUAUUAGCUCAACUGUUAGCUGGUAUUGGCACAGAGGGUAUUUCACUUGGUAAACGUGAACUUGUCCCUGAACUUCGUGGCCCAAUUAUCGAUUCACUCACUGAUCAUGCAACCGGUUUAUUCCAAAACACUCUUAAACCAAUAAUUGAAUCUGCUUUAUCAAAUGUUGCAAUAAAUAUGGCUCAAAUAUUAGCCAACUUUUCACAAACCGGAGUUAUCGGUUAA